AUGACAGUCCUUGGAGGAUCUACAUGGCUUUUCUACAUCCAAAGACUUCUCGUCUUCCUUCUGUGUCUCCUGCAUCUGCAUCACCCUUCACUGGCUUACUCCCUGAAAAACUGCACCUUUAAUUUUACUGAGGGAACUUUGGCUGAAGUUCAUCUGAACUGCUCAAAGCGCCAACUUGUAUCUGUCCCUGAUGAAAUCCCUAAAGAUGCUAACUCACUAACUCUCUAUGACAAUCAGAUCAAAAAGCUCCAAAGAGGUGAUUUUGGGAACCUCUCACAGUUACGUUUGCUGAACCUAGAUAGUAAUUUGAUUGCUCAUGUAGAUGAUGGAUCUUUCAUGUAUUUGGUGGCAUUGAAAGAACUCUACAUGGCACAUAAUAGUCUCACACAUCUGACGAGCAACAUCUUUCGGGGACUGUCAAACGUCACUGAGCUGGACCUCAAUUACAACAAGAUUACUUUUAUCCAUGACUCGGCCUUUCACUUCCUGACCAGCUUACAAACUGUCAUUCUAGACUCCAACAGGUUACAAACUGUGAGUGACAUACAGCCGAUUCUGAAUCUACCACAGCUACAGAAACUGAGCAUUGCAUUUAAUCUGUUCUCCACCUUUGAGUCAAAAGAUCUGAAUCUGAACGUGUCCUCAAGCCUGAGAGAGUUAGAUGUUGAAGGUAAUCACCUCAGACGAUUCAGCAUCACGACACCUAUCUUCCCUCAUCUUCAGGAAAUCAACCUUUGCCCAUGUGGUCAGUCCUCUCCAUUUCAAUGGGACAUCCCUGAUAAGUCUUUACUGAGGAACAUAAGUCGACUGGAUUUAAGUCACUCAGAAGCUUUUGAAGACAUUGACAAAGUCCUGGAGAGUUUUGACUCACUGCAACAAUUAGAACUUAAUUUAAUGGAGGGAUGGAUCAACAAGGGUCUUUUAGCAACAGUCUGUAAAAUACCAACACUUCAGAGCCUGGAUCUGUCUAACAAUCAUGAUGCCAACUUAAGUGCCAAAUUUGGAACUUGCUCUCAGCUCGAGGAGCUUUACUUGAGUGACACUUGGACAUCUAACAUACCAAAAGGCUCAAUGGCAAUGAUGAAGCAACUAAGGUCCUUAGAUCUACACCAAAAUUUAUUAACCAAAGUGCCAGAGGACAUCAGAAGCCUCUCCUCCCUCAGGGUCCUAAAUCUUGAAUUCAACCAAAUCUCUGAGUUGAGCUGUGAGGAUUUCAAAAACACAUCCAGUCUCAGGGAGCUCUUACUGACCAAAAACCGAAUUGUGAAACUUGACAGGUGUGUUUUCCAAAAUCUUUACAGUCUUGAGAUUUUAGAUUUGAGCUUGAACAGGAUAUCAACAUUAGGAGGUGCCUUCAUUAUAGGCCCAGCAAACCUUAAGAUCUUGAAUUUAAGGAAUAAUUUUGUUGUUACCAUUGACAAGGGUGAUUUUAAAGGUUUAGGGUCACUAAAACAGUUAGAUUUGAGAACUCAUGAAAUAUCAUAUGUAGAUCUUGGAGCAUUUGAUGGUUUAAGCAAAAUUACAACUCUUUUCGUAUCUCUUCCAUUUUAUUUUGAUAUUGAAUUCCAGGAAUUACAACAAAUCACAAAUCUUACAAUCAAUUUCCAAAUCCCCCCAUCAAACCUCACUUUACACAGUCAUCAUCAAAACUUCAACAAAUCAUUCUUUGAAUAUAAAUCACUGAAGAAGCUCGAAAUGCUUUGCUCAGAUGAUCAUCUAGGAUUCCACCUUCGUUCCUACAUACAGAUGGUUCAGUCUGCCAUACUUUUAGAGGAAUUCACAGCUGAGAAUUUGUUUCCUUGGAUACCAGAUAAUGAUACAUUCCAGUUCAACUCCAAGCUGAGAAGUUUGACAAUCACACGGAACGACUUGUCUGAUUUGGGUCCUGAACUCUUCUGGCCAAUCCCAAACCUGGAAGAAGUGGACCUCUCUAGCACUAAACUCAAGUCUUUGGAUUUUUUGGCCCAGGCCAACCUGUCUGCACUCAAAUAUUUGCAUCUCAGUGACAAUGGUAUAACAGUGAUCAGUGACGCCAUCUUCCAGUCUCUUCCUGCUCUUAUUUACCUCGACCUGAGCAACAACCCUUUGACAUGUGACUGCUCUAAUGCUGGCUUCAUCCAAUGGGUGAAGAGCAACAACCAAACUCAGGUACAAGACGCUCAUGACUACAUCUGUUCCUCCCCUCUGAUCAAACAGGGAACCAAGGUGUUGGACUUUGAUGUCCAGUCCUGUUGGAUGGACGUUGGCUUCCUCUGCUAUAUCUCCAGCUCUUGUCUGGUGGUGUUAACUCUCCUCACCUCUUUCAUCUACCACUUCCUGAGGUGGCAGAUUGUCUAUGCCUUCCUCCUCUUCCAGGCCUUCCUUUAUGACAGCAGGAAGAGGAGGAGAGGAGCUCCUCAGCUCUACGAUGCCUUCAUCUCCUACAAUGUUGAGGAUGAGGCCUGGGUCUACAGAGAGAUGCUUCCAGUGCUGGAGGGAGAGCAGGGCUGGAGACUGUGUCUGCACCACAGAGACUUCCAACCAGGUAAACCUAUCAUAGAGAACAUCACAGACGCCAUCUACAGCAGCAAGAAGACCAUCUGUGUGAUCAGCCGAAGCUACCUGCAGAGCGAGUGGUGCUCCAGAGAGAUCCAGAUGGCCAGUUUCCGUCUGUUUGAUGAGAAGAAGGACGUGUUGAUCCUGCUGUUUCUGGAGGAGAUCCCCUCUCAUCAGCUGUCUCCGUACCACCGCAUGAGGAAGCUGGUGAAGAAACGCACCUACCUGAGCUGGCCGCAGGCUGGACAACACAAGGGAGUCUUCUGGCAGAACGUCCAUAGAGCUCUGGAGACAGAAGAGUCCACCAGAGACAACUUGAAUCUUCUGACGGGACCAGAGGGAUGCUGAGAACAUACCUGAACCUGUGAGCUGAAAUACAGGAGAAUCUAAGAGACGUGUUUGGUGCUUUCAGUGGAUACUCAGUGUUUAACAGUUUUUUUGCUGGUGAGAGAUCAUCAAAUCAGAAAAUUAAAUACAGUGAAAGACUUGCAGCAGACCAAAAAGUCCUGUUGAUUCCUCUGUAGAUGAACCAACUUUUGUUGGUUUUACAGGUUUUUUUUUCCCUUUUUCAAAUUUUUGUGGUUACACUUUCGGACACAAUCAGUGUUUCUGUCCUCUUUGCCAUCACACGAGCUCAAUAAGCUAGAAAUGUACAAGUGCACUUAAACAGCUGUGUCUACCGUAUGUGCCCACAGGAAGGAGAGAAACAGAAACAGUGCUGAUGCCUUGUGGAGCAUUAUUCUUUUCUUUCAUGUCCACAAAAGAGAAAAAAAAAUGAAGGAAUUUUCCACCAGUCACAGUGUGGGUUUGUAUAUUAAAAAGGAAACUAAUCACAGAUCAUUGAAAGUGUAUAAUUCAUGUCCUGUAUUAGUUGUUACAAAAAUAUAAUAAUCUGAGUAUCAAUUACUUUAAAAUGCUUCAGUCCAGUUACCUGUCAUGUUUGAUAAAUCUCUCCUUUAGUCUUGAACUCUAAACACUUUUUAUUGUAUACGGUAAUUUAUCCUGCACAUUCAUGCAAUCAGGUAGCAUGUAGGAAUAACCUUAAUACAGCUAAAUAUGCUUGAUAAGAUAAAUUACAUUUGUUGUAGUUACUCUCACUGCCUGAAGGGGCAGCAGGUUUCAGGUUGUUGCAGAUCAACACAUACAUGAUGUUUUUCCUCAUCAGAAUAAAAAAGAUGUUUUUUUCAUUUUCAUCUUCUGCAAAGCUCUCAGUCAAUACUCACAAACUAAUCCACUUUUUCUUUGUGUUUGCCAGUGUGCACUUGUUUAUCUGAUAUCCAAAGGACCUUUAAAUUUUAACACACUCCCCAA